GGUAAUUUACAGACGCAGUUGGGACGAGUUGAUCCCGAAGAUUUUUGUCCAAAGUUAAUUAACAACAUAUAAAAGACAGUGUGGUUUUAGAUUUUCAAGUAAACAUGGAGAAGUAUGCAUAUUCGUCGGAACAGAGUGAUUCAGAUCAAGAAAUUGAAGAUAUGGUGGAAGAUCCUUCAUGUAAUCCACAUAAACCUGUUAAGGUGACGUUCGAAGAAAUUACUUCAGCUGCCUAUCGAAUCAGGAGUGGGAUAGUAUAUACACCAUGUAUUAAAUCCCACGUGUCAACUUUCACGGAAAUGGACGUCUAUCUGAAAAAAGAUUUCUUACAACAUACAGGAAGUUUCAAAGAACGGGGAGCUCGCUACGCAAUGCUGAUGCUAAACACCGAACAACGGCAAAAAGGAGUAGUUGCAGCGUCUUUAGGAAACCACGCGCAAGCGGUCAGUUACCACGGAUUUCUCUUAGGAAUACCCGUGACAGUAGUCAUGCCUAUUAUCGCCCCCAUCAUGAAAGUUCAAAAGUGCAGAGAGUACAACGCCAACGUGAUUAUAGAAGGAAAAGAUAUGAACGAAUCUAAGAGGAUAGCAGUACAGUUAGCGAGAGAAAGAGGUUGGACAUAUAUAAAUGGGUACGAUAAUCCUCAAAUAAUAGCUGGACAAGGUACCGUAGGAUUGGAAAUUAUGGAACAAGUACAAGAUAUUGAUGCCGUGGUUGUACCUACAGGGGGUGGAGGCUUACUAGCCGGAGUAGCUGUUGCCAUUAAAACUCUAAAUCCUCAAAUCAAAGUGAUAGGAGUUGAAUCAGAAAGAUGCGCCAGUUAUGCCAAUGCCAUCGAAAACGAAAAACCCACUCUUACAAAUAUACAAGGUACUUUGGCAGACGGUCUAGCAGUCCCCAUGAUCGGAUUUAAUGCAUGGGCAACGUCUAGCAACCUUGUAGAUAAAAUGGUAACUGUGACAGAGGAAUGGAUAGCUGUGGCAAUUUUGAGGUUCAUAGAAAACGAAAAAUGUGUAGUAGAAGGGGCUGGAGCAUGUGGUUUGGCAGCCAUAUUAUCUGGACAAUUAGACGAAUUCAAGGGUAAAAGAGUAGUUCUGAUCUUAAGCGGCGGAAACAUCGACACAACAAUCCUAGGCAGAUGUUUGGAAAGAGGUUUAGCAGCAGACGGCCGAUUAGUCAAAUGUAAAGUGACUGUUAGCGACAGACCCGGCGGUAUUUCUGAGUUGUGUAAGCUCAUCAGCUCCAUAGGAGUGUCUAUCAAAGAUGUGAUCCAUGAGAGAGCUUGGGUAACGUCAGACGUAUUCAGUGUGGAGGUGAAAGUGGUUUGUGAAACCAGAGAUAAAUACCACAGUAUUGAAUUGAGAGACCUAUUAUUCUCCAAGUACAAGAAAGUGAUUUUCAACAGCCUUCCUGCAAAAGAAGUCGUAUCAUCUACAACCGAUUGAAGAGUGGUAUUAACUGGAAUGAAGUGAAUUUUUACAAGAAUGCCAGUGUUGUUAGAGAUGAGUUCUUGAAUUCACCGAUGAUUCUACUAUUAGAUUCAUCUAUUGAUCAGAUAUUUUCAGUUGAAUUUGAGAACUCUCCUUCGUUAGUUCCACUGUACAGAGGUCCGUUAGUUCCUUGCAAAAUUUAGUAAAUAGUCUACCAAUAAUAAUUUAUUUUUGAAAUCGAUGUUGAUGAAUAAAAAUCUGGAAAGAGUUUUAAUUUUA